AUGCCCGAGAUACUGAAGCAGGAGGACUCGGAGCCGACCAACUUCAAGAUCGCAGCCGGCACCCUCGACGCCAGCGCCAAGAUCUACGCGGUGCGGGUGGACACGGUCCACGCGGACGUCUACAAGGUGCUCGGAGGCUUGGGCAAGGACUCGGCCCCUCCGAAGGACGCGGGCGGCCAGGAAGGAGAGGGUGCUGCAGCUCCCGACGAGUCUGGCAAGAGAGCUCCGCCGAGGAAAAAACACUCGUUCAAAACCAUCGAGCAGAACCUGAGCAACAUCAACGUGUCCCGGGCUCAUUGCCGGCCUAAGGUCGAUCCCACGUUCCAGAAAAUGGCAGCGUCCUUUGACGAGUGCAGCACGGCGGGCUUUUUCCUCACGCGGCUGCGCAGCUACGGCUGCCGGAGCGAGCUCCUCUUCGACUCCGACAUCGUCCCUCUCCCGUCAUCCGAGACGCCCGCCCUGCCAAGCUCUGCUCCCGUGGAAGUGCCCGGUUUGAAGUCCCUGCUCACGCGGUGUGCUGAAAAACGCCCCAUCUGCUCUUCCCUGGCUGGUUUCCAGUUUACACAGUGGGAUGCUGCAUCCCACGAUGAGUCCGUGUCGGCCCUGUUGGAUAAAUUCAAGAGGAGCGACCAAGUGUUUGACAUCAACGCGGAGCCGGACAGUGACGUGGAAGACGCUGCUCCCGCCAUGCCGAAUGACGACUUUGGGGCCGAUUCCCCCAGCUGUACCUUAGCCAACAAGAUGGGGGAGGUCACAGGGAGCCUCGGGACCUUUGGGACAAUCCAGGAGAGCAAAAGCAGUGAGGCGGUUCCUCUGGGCGAGGGAGACAUCCACACCAUGUGCCGCCACCUCUCCAUGAAACCGGGAGAAUAUUCCUACUUCAGUCCCCGAAUUCUGUCCAUGUGGGCUGGCCCGGAGCACUGGCGCUUCAGACCUCGCCACAAAUCUGCUGCUGUCUCUGAAAGAGAGAGCGGGAGGAAGACAGCAAAGAAAGCGUUUGAAAUCAACUUUAAUGAGCAUAUCGACUUUGGGGUGCAUUUCCGUAAGUCUAAGGGUGCCAUGCACACCUCCAAAGCGUUCCGGGAAAGCCAGAACGCGAGGACCACGACGCUUCCCGACGCCUUCAACUACGAUCCUAGCUGCAUUGCCCAGCUGUUCCUCAAGCCGGAUGCCAAGAUCUGCCGGUCGGCUGCGUCGAGCAGCUUGUUGGAUUAUGAAGAUGACGUUGGCGAGUACGAUUACAACAACCCCAACGACACCUCCAACUUCUGCCCUGCGCUGCAGGCUGCCGAUAGCGACGAUGACAACGACCCCGCUCAACUCGGGGGCUGGCCGGAGGAGCUCAACGCCACGGCCCGCCCCGGGAACGCCGAGCUCCGCGGCGCCGAGGGCGGCGCCGAAAUCACCACGUACGGCGAGCUGAACCUCCUCGCUGAGCCGCAGAGGGUUAAUAAGAUAGCAAUCCAAUACGCAAAGACAGCCAAAAAAAUGGACAUGAAGAGGCUGAAGCAAAACAUGUGG